CAGACGCGGCGGUGUUAAACGGUCGCAGGCGGGGCAGGCGUGUGAUUCUCCACCCUCUCGGGCUUUUGCCGCUGCGUGCGCUCGCUUGCUUUCAUUCUGUGAAGCCUAAGCCGGCUACACCUUCCUCCUUUCCUUUGACUGUAGCCGCUUCGUUGCGACUCCGCCACCAUGUUCGAGGCGCGCCUGGUCCAGGGCUCCAUCCUGAAGAAGGUGCUGGAGGCUCUUAAGGACCUUAUCAACGAGGCCUGCUGGGACAUCAGCUCGAGCGGCGUGAACCUGCAGAGCAUGGACUCGUCCCACGUCUCCUUGGUGCAGCUCACCCUGCGCUCGGAGGGCUUCGACACGUACCGCUGCGACCGCAACCUGGCCAUGGGCGUGAACCUCACCAGUAUGUCCAAAAUACUAAAAUGUGCUGGCAAUGAAGACAUCAUUACCCUAAGGGCUGAAGAUAAUGCAGACACCUUGGCACUAGUAUUUGAAGCUCCAAAUCAAGAAAAGGUUUCAGACUAUGAAAUGAAGUUGAUGGAUUUAGAUGUUGAACAACUUGGGAUUCCAGAACAAGAGUAUAGCUGUGUAGUGAAGAUGCCUUCUGGCGAAUUUGCACGUAUAUGCCGAGAUCUCAGUCAUAUUGGAGAUGCUGUUGUAAUUUCCUGUGCAAAAGAUGGAGUGAAAUUUUCUGCAAGUGGAGAACUUGGAAAUGGAAAUAUUAAGUUGUCACAAACAAGUAAUGUUGAUAAAGAGGAGGAAGCUGUUACCAUAGAAAUGAAUGAGCCAGUUCAGCUAACUUUUGCACUGAGGUACCUGAACUUCUUCACAAAAGCCACUCCACUCUCUCCUACAGUAACACUCAGUAUGUCUGCAGAUGUACCCCUUGUUGUAGAGUAUAAAAUUGCUGAUAUGGGACAUUUAAAGUACUACUUGGCUCCCAAGAUUGAAGAUGAAGAUGCAUCUUAGGCAUUCUUAAAAGAUAAGAAAAUAAAACUAAGCUCUUGGAGAACUGCUUCUGAGAUGCCACCAUGUACUUAAGUGUCUUCUGUCACCAAAUUUGUACCUCUGAGUACAUAUGUAGAUAAUGUUUUCUGUAUAUAACCUAUUUUUUUCUCCAUUCUCUACAAUUUUUUAAAGAAUAAAGUCCAAAGUCAAAUCUGGUCUUGUUAACCUAGAAAGACUUCUGCCUUACCUAGAAAUACUCCUUGUGAUUUUUAUAACAAAAGGGUUGUGACUCUAAAUGCAGUUUUAAGAAUUGUUUUCAAUUUAAAUAAAAGUUAUUUGAAUUUUAAA